AUGGGUCUUUUAUCCUUGAUCGCGGGCUUUGUAGCUCCCCUAUUCAUCAUAAUCUCCCCUAUAACCUCAUAUGCGGACCAGAUAUACUCCAUCCACCGCACAAAGUCCAGUGCUGGUUUCUCACUAGAUAUCCCAUUGAUUAUGCUGGUCGCCUCUCUGCUCCGAGUGUUUUACUACCCUGGUGCAAAAUUCGAUACCUCUCUCCUCAUACAAUCCUUUAUCAUGAUCGCUAUUCAAACUGUCCUCCUCAGAGUCGCGCUUGAUCAUCGGCCGUCACCCUCAUCUUCCGUCCCCUUUGCUGCUGGUAGAGACGGGGAUAUUGGUAUGAAGAGACCGUACAAUUUCUGGCAAUGGCGAUCUCCAAAACCAUACUGGCAAUUCCUCCUCUACCUCUUCAUCACUCUCGUCGCUUUUGAACUCGUCCUUUCCCCACUCCCAGGCCUAUACAAAAGCUACUCAUCCCUGAUUGGUUAUGUCGGACUCGGCAUUGAGGCAACGCUCCCCAUCCCCCAGAUCCUCUCGAACGCGCGUUCCCGCUCAUGUAAAGGCUUCCGUGUCUCUGUUCUGGCAAGCUGGAUCGCCGGUGAUGUUAUGAAAAUGUUCUGGUUCUUUACGGCCACGACUGAGAUUCCAUGGUCUUUUAAGCUGUGUGGUAUCUUCCAGAUGUGCUGCGAUUUCUUUCUGGGAGGGCAGUAUUUCGUUUACGGGAAUGGACCGGCAGCUGGGGCCGCGGUCAUCAAGGAACAUAUGAGUCCGGCGGUGGAGAUGAGGGGGAAUGGACAUGGAUUGGGAUUUGGAAAUGCGCUUGAUCUGGGGAGGAGAACGCCAGGAUUGGAAAAGGAAGGUAGAUUAGGGUAG